AAAAGAGGUUUUCAUUUUUCAAUGUGAAUGUGAACUCUGUGAACAAUAUUGUGUUCGUAAUUGAAUUUAGAGUCAUAAAAUAAACACUAAUUGUUUAGAGUAUUUUGUUAGACAGAAAAAUAAACACAGUUCAGUUCGCUGUUAAGAAAAUCAGCAAUCAAAAACAUAAUCAUAUAAAAUAGGAAUUGCACUUUUAUUUUCGCAAAUAUGACUGACGUUCUAACAACUGAACGAGAUAAAAAUGAUCGUGUGGAGACUAUUCUGAAGGGAUUUCAAAUUAAUUGGAUGAAUCUUCGUGAUGCUGACACAGGAAAAAUUCUUUGGCAACAUAAUGAGGACAUGUCAAGUCCAGAUGCGGAACACGAAGCAAGAGUACCCAAAAGAAUUCUCAAGUGCAGAGUAGUGUCUCGUGAAAUGAACUUCAGCUCAAUAGAAUCCAUGGAUAGAUUUAGAUUAGAACAGAAAGUACUCUUCAAAGGGAGAUGUUUAGAAGAAUGGUUUUUCGAUUUUGGUUAUGUGAUCCCGAACUCAACGAACACUUGGCAAUCCGUUAUAGAGUCAGCGCCUGAAUCGCAAAUGAUGCCGGCCAAUGUCCUCAAUGGGAACGUGGUUAUCGAAACGAAAUUUUUUGAUGGAGAUUUGCUGAUCACAACCUCUAGAGUACGACUGUUCUAUAUAUAAUCGUUUAAAUUUAAUCUAUGAUACUUAAAAUCUACUUGUGCAUUUACUAGUCAUUGGUGUGGUGCAUUUAUUUUAUUCGAAUUUUUACUUCAAAGUGUCCUUAUUGUGAUUUUUGUAUCCCCUAGAAGCAGGUAAUUCUUAGAAUACAAAUUAUCAAAAUUUAUUAAUAAGUGGAUGUAUUUUAGAUCUAAAACUUAAUGCAUAGUAUCAACAGCUCAGUCUCCUUUUUGCUUGCUAAAAUGGAAGCGGCUACCCGAACCCAUAGAUGGAUUACAAUGGGAAUGUCUUCAGUCCAAGAGUGGUGGGAUUAGCCAUAACACACACAAAAAUACAGUAUUAGAUUUAAUCUCAACCACUUUGUAUUACUCGAGAU